AUGGGCGCCUUUGAAGCUGAUGGAAUAAUCCAGAACUGUGACAGGAGCGGUGAGCUAAAUCUUCUAGAAUGUUUGGGACCACGGAGGACUCGUGUAGUCAAGCGGCUUCGUCGCAAAAGCAGUGGAUUAUCCUGCAUCAAGAAACACCAUGAGCGCAGCUUUGCUCUCUCGUAGACUCAACGGAAGCGCCGUGGAGGAGCAGUUAAUUCUAGGCAAGCUCGCAAACGAAACAGGCUGGUGGCUUCUACUGCAGAAACGGCUUCAGAAGCAGAGCCAAUAGAACUUGAAGAAAGUGCUGGCGAAGAAGUAGUAGACCUCACAUGUGAAUCUUCUGACCCUGUAGUCGUUGAUCUAACUCACAAUGAUUCUGUUGUGAUUGUCGAAGAGAAUGAACGGCAAAGGGGAAAUCUCAGACAAAGAGGCCAGCGACCGUCCGAUAUCUGUGUACUGAUUAGCGAUGAUGAUGAAACAAGAGAUAAUGAUGCGUAUGUAACAGAUACAGUGCCCAAACUACUUAGGAAUUUUGUUCUCUCUACCGCAAGGCCGUCUGGUACUGUUAGCUGUCCGAUUUGCAUGGAUGGCUACUCGGAGAUUGUGCAGAGUGGACGACUGAUUGUGUCAACCACAUGCGGCCAUGUCUUCUGCAGUCAGUGCCUCCGUGAUUCCCUUAGGAAUGCCAAGUCUUGCCCAGCCUGCAGGAAGAAACUCACUCACAGACAAUGUCAUCCCAUUUAUAUAUGA